AUGGAGGUGAGCAAGUGCGAAUACAAAGAAAUAGGGGCACGCUUCAAGAUGGAGGCCAGUUUGACAUAUCAGCUGAUUAUUGUGGCCUGUAUAAACAUAGGCCAAAUUGUUGUCGGCUACAGUGUGGGAUGGUCUGCACCCAUCAUACCAAAACUACAAAACGUGACUGAUAAUCCUUUGGAGGAACCAAUCACGGACCUAGAAGCCUCAUGGGUUGGGUCUUUGCUGUAUAUAGGUGCUAUGGUGGGGCCAUAUGUAACGAGUAUUUUAUCAAAUCUAAUUGGAAGGAAACCAUGUUUGUUUAUCGGUGGACUCCUGAACAUCACAUCUUACAUCCUUGUGAUAACUACCAAGAAUUUAACAAUGGUUUACGCUUUAAGGGUUAUAAGCGGAUUAGGAAUGGGUGUGACAAUCGUUGGAAAUAUUGUAUAUGUUGGGGAGAUCGCGUCUACACACAUAAGAGGGAUUCUUUUGACAUCCACGUCAAUAGUGGGUAUUUCAGGCACGCUUCUGGUUUACUCCGUGGUGCCUUUUAUAUCCUAUGUUUGUACAGGGUAUAUAGCAUUGGGGAUUUCUCUAGUACACCUUAUUGCCAUCUUGUACAUACCUGAAUCACCUGUUUACUUGGCCAUGAAAGGUGACGCUAUUAAAGCAGCGAAGACCCUUAAUCGACUUGGAAGAUCUAACGAUGUAGAUAAAACACUGGACACUUUUUCCCAAUUUAAAGGAUCUGAAACUACAAAAAUUCAAGAUUGGAUUGAAAUAUUUACUAUAAAAUCGAAUAGAAUUUCACUGUUUUUAACAUUCACGUUAGGUGCUUUUCAACAGACAAGCGGAGUAGCUGUCGUGCUAUUUUUUGCCACAACCAUAUUCAAACUUGCUGGUUCGUCGAUAGAACCGCAUAUAGCCACGAUUAUUAUUGGUGUUACCAGAUUAGUAUCGGGUUUAAUUGCACCUACAUUUGUUGAUAGAUCUGGAAGGAAGAUACUGUUAUUGGUGUCGAUGGCUGCGUGUAGUAUAAGUUUGUCGGUUCUUGGGCUGUAUUUCUAUCUGGACAGGGUGGAUAGUCCAGCUCUGACGAAUAUCGGAUGGUUACCAAUGGUCGCACUGAUUGUUUACUUCUUCUGUUAUGAAGCUGGAUUCGGAACAAUCCCCAAUGCGAUAGUUGGCGAAAUGUUCCGACCAAACGUCCGCUCUAACGGUUCAGCUCUCGCCAUCACCUUGACCUGGCUUGUUGGCUUCGCUCUGACCACCAGCUUCAACUCGAUGGUAGAGACCCUGGGCGGUGACGUCACAUUCUGGAUCUUCGGCGGCUGCUGCGUCCUGGCGUUCCUCUUCACUUUCUUCUGUUUGCCGGAAACUAAAGGGAAAACUUUGAAUGAGAUCCAGGAGAUGUUGAGCUAG